UUUUGGGGUGAAUUCGUCUGCAGCAAAGAAGAUACUGAAGGCUGUAACGAUGCGUGCUAUGUUUGCUCUCGCACUGCUCCUGGCUGUAGCCUGGGCAGACCACCACCAUGGUCAUGGUCAUGGUCAUGGUCAUGGUCAUGGUCAUGGUCAUGCCCAGCACAAAAGCGCUGAAGAUGCCUUGACCUGCCAUAAGCUCUCUCCACAUAACGCUGACUUCGCCUUCUCCCUUUACAAGAACAUCAACUCCAAGACCGCUGCCGGAAAAAAUAUCUUCUUCUCUCCCCUUGGUAUUUCCACUGCCCUGUCCAUUUUGUCCAAUGGGGCCCGCGCCGAAACUCAUCAACAGUUGUUCUCCACUCUGGGCUACAGCAGCAUGGACCAGAACACUGUCAAUGAUGCCUACAAGCACCUGUUUCAUAUGCUCGGACACAGCCAGCAAAACCAGGUACUGAAUGUAGGUAAUGGUGUGGCUGUCAGCAACAACUUUGCUCCUCUCGGCAGCUUCAUCUCUGAGGUCAACCAGCACUACUCCGCAAAGAUCUUCAAGGUCGACUUUUCCAGACCUCAGGAGGCAGCUGCAGAAAUCAACAGCUUCAUUGCAAAUAAAACUCAUGACAAGAUUAAGGAUAUGGUGAAGGACCUGGACCCUACAAUGGCCAUGGUGCUCAUCAACUAUGUUUAUUUCAGAGGACAGUGGGAGAAACCUUUCGAUGGAAACUACACAAGCAAAGCUGAAUUCUCCGUGGACGAAAACACCAAAGUGCAGGUGGACAUGAUGAAGAGGACCGGCCGUUAUGACUUCUACCAGGACAUGGACCAACACGCCUCUGUCAUCAUGCUCCCAUAUAAGGGCAAUACUUCCAUGAUGGUCGUGCUGCCUGAAGAGGGGAAAAUGGCAGAAGUGGAAGCAGCGAUUUGCAAAGACCACCUGAAGCGCUGGCACGAUUCACUCACGAGAAAUUCUGUAGAUUUGUUCAUGCCCAAAUUUGCCGUGUCUGGACGUGCCCUCUUGGAUGCUAGCCUCAAAGAACUUGGUAUAACCGAUGCUUUCAGCGACAAGGCUGACUUCUCAGGCAUUUCUGAUGAGAUCAAACUCAAAGUAUCAAGGGCAACGCACCAGGCUAUGCUGAGCGUGGAUGAGACCGGGACAGAAGCUGCCGCUGCCACGACGAUCGAGGUGAUGCCCAUGAGCAUGCCUGAGAGGAUGGUCAUGGAUAGGCCCUUCCUCAUCUUCAUCCUGGAGCACUGGACCAGGAGCAUCCUCUUCAUGGGCAAGAUCAGCAACCCCACUGAAGCAUAAAAGCAACCUAUUUGAUCUUUCACCAACAUACAUUUUUUGGUACAAAACACAUGUCUAGUUUAUGUCCAGUGCAGGGGCGAUGCCUGGGAGGAGGCACCUUGGAUGACCCCCCCAAUGAUGUCUGAAGAUUUUUUUAGACAUAGAAUAUUACUUAAGUUACAAUGCCAAACAUGGUUGUAAAUGAAGCUAAAAUAAAACUAGGAAGUACCCCUCCAACCCAAGAAACAACUCCUGGAGCCGCCCUUGGCCCAGUGGAAGGUAACUGUGCAGUGUGCCCAGCUUUCAUGGGAGUGUACAUAUUAUCUAGCUUCCAUGGAAAUUCAUGGUACUGUUUUUAUGCUAUACUUUUCCAUGUUAUUUCAUCAGGACAUGAAAUAAACAUUGG